CUCGUACGUAACUCCAAAAAGUCUGAAGUUCCAACCGACCACUCGUUGUCCGGUAAAUGAACAAGACACCAAUGCUGGCCUCCAACACCCUAAACUCCCAAAUGAAAACAGAUUGUCUCUGUAUCCCUUCUUGCUCUUUCCUUGUUUUGACCAAAACCUUAACCCCAAUAAUUAUCCCAUCUUAGACAAGCCCGUUUAGGCGUUUCUUUUUGUUGUUGAUAACGGACAUAAUGAUGAAAAACGUUUCGAAGUCAAAACCCAAGUUUCUGCACUGUUUCCGACCGGUGGACGUGGACAUGGUGCUCCAGACCAAAGCUUCCCGGAGGAGACAGGUCCGGACUAUUGAAUCCAGGGAGGACAAGAAGGCGGCUCCGCUGACGAAAACAAUGUCUCUGGACAGAGGGUGUUCUUCUCCGGCAGAUUCUGAGAACUCGAAUAUGCCUCCGCAUCCGAACAAAACUUUUUCCAAGGCGGUGAAAGCCGUAGUGUUCGAAACAAUCUUGGCUAAGAGAGAUCGUGAUCGGAAAGUUUGCCGGCAGGACUCGUUCGGAUCAAAGCGGUGUUUUUCGUUCAGAAAUGAGGCGUCCCUGAAUUUGGGAGGCGAUGAGUCGGUGAAAGUAAUUGAAGAAACAAAGCCAAAUUCUGAGAUGUCGUUACAUUCUCGUUCUUCCAGUUCAUCAUUAUCCGCAUUAUCUUCUUCGAGUUCGGUUUCGGAAUCCGAAAGGUUGUCCAAAACUCUCUCGGACCCGACGAAACAGAGCCUCGGGAAUCCUAACAACCCCGCCGCGAAACCGAAGAACACGAAAGUGGGGUCCUACUGUUUCAACUCUGGAACAUAUUUUCUUCUCAUCAGCCUUGCAGUGACGGUAUUUUGGGGCAAGGCGAUUGCAAUCCUUGUCUCAUCAAUUUGGAUCUACUUUUUUCCGUGGCAGAGUUCGAGUACAAUCUCGCCGGAAUAUGUGAGGAGGUGGUCGGAGGCGGAGUGUAAGGAUAAUAACAAGAGGGUACUUAUGGAAGGGUUUAUUGAUAGGAAGAACCACCACCACCGCCACCAGACAGAGAGGGGGCAUUAAGUUUUUGACGUGAAAAUUCUCUGUUUCGUGUUUGAUGCAGCUUUUGUGGUUGGAAAGGACAUCAAGGUUUUAAUUGUGUAGGUUCCUUGUGGUACAUUGAGGAGAAAACACAGAACAUUCUGUAUUUACAUUUACUUCUAUGUUUUGCUUGUUUUCUUGAGACUUGUGAGUUUUAUGUGGUUAAGUUAUAUAUAUAAUGCAUGCUAGCCAUGCCACAGAAAAUUGGAAGCGGUAUUCGUGUCGAAGAAAAUCUUGGUUGUAACUUGUAACCAGUGAUAUAUAAAAAAAUACGAAUUUAUAUUUAGUACGCAA